AUGGACUCAACAGAAAGCUUGCCUCCAGUCCAGGUAUCUAAAUGUGAAAACCAAACUGAAGAACCGUCCGCCAAAGAACCUCGCGUCAAAGAACCGUCCGCCAAAGAACCUCGCGUCAAAGAACCGUCCGCCAAAGAACCUUGCGUCAAAGAACCCUCCCAGAAGCCAAAAUCAACUUCGACACCCAAGACAUCAAUAAAGAAAGAUUAG